CAGUUGAAUAAAAUUCGAAUUUUUGUUGUUGUGAGCAGCGAAGAACUGGCUGUGGGUCCCAUUCAUCUUUGGACAAUCUUUCAAAUUUUUCUUUAUUACUUCUCCUUCUCAAAAUCUUUGUUCAUGCCGAGCUCGUUCACAAAAUCUUUUGCUUUUUCAAUGUCCCCUUUCUCAGCGACUUGAAAUUCUCGAAUGUCCAAGAUUUUGGAAUCUUUAUGUCUUGAACAAAGGCACGUCAUCUGGGAUAUGAAGAUUGACGAAGCUAAUGCUGAAUUUGUGGGAAUUUGUUUAAGGAAUGAAAGGUAUGAAAUGUGAAAGAUGUAACUUUGAGAUUGCGUGAAGUUGGCAAAGUCGAGCAAGAGCACAUUGCAAGUUUUUUGGUUUGGUUCUUAGUUAGGAAGUGUAAACUGAAGUUCUUUCACGAUGCCAUCGCUCAUUCCUAGUGCUUCUUUGGAAAGCAGCCAUAGUUCUUUAUCAAGUUGCAGUGAUAUUUCAUCAGACGUUAACUUUUAUGACCGGCCGUACGUGGAAGACAGCAGUCAAGAAGAUGUUUCCCUAAAAGGGCGUCUUGAUAACUCAGACCUAUCAGUUAAAACAAAUGGUUUUCAUCAAAAUGGUAAUUUGGCGAAACAACAUAUUUUGGAAGUUGGAAGGAUCAAUAGUUUUGGGAGCCUUAGAGAGGUAGAAACUGCUGAAGUUCCACGAGGAACAGACAGCAAUGUCAGACGAGUGAGUUCAUCCAGUGAUGGAUCUGCUGCAUCUCUUCCGAAUGAUGAAGGGAAUGCUGAAUUCUGGCUUCCCCCGGAGCCAGAGGACUGGGAAGACGACGUGAUAGGUAGGGUUGCAAGUUAUGAUGAUGACGACGACGAGUGUGGGGAUGGCGCCACCUGGGCUAGGCCUAGUUCUUUAAGUAGCUUCGAAGAAGAAGGAAGUGCGAGUUACAAAUUCAGAGAGGAAAAGGUUAAGGCAAUGGACAAUGUUAAAAAUGGGAAAUUUAUGGCUCUCGUUAGCCAACUAGUUAAGUCUGUUGGUGUCAAUUCGUCCAGAGGUCAGGGCGAAAAUUGGGUGGAUAUAGUGACUUCUUUAUCAUGGGAGGCUGCUGCAUUUGUGAAGCCAAACACACAUGAAGGUAAGGCCAUGGAUCCCGAUGGAUACGUGAAGAUCAAAUGCAUUGCAACUGGUUUGCGCAGUCAAAGUCAAGUAUUCAAAGGGCUCGUAUUCAAAAAGCAUGCUGCUCAUAAACACAUGCCGAUUAAGUGCAAAAAUCCUCGACUGCUGUUGAUCCAUGGCUCACUGGAUCUUACUUCUGGUGGAUUAUCGUCGUUUGACUCAAUGCAGCAGCAGGAAAAGAGCAAUCUGAAAACCAUUGUUGAUAUGAUAGAGAAUUGCAAUCCAAAUGUUAUCUUGGUCGAGAAAUCAGUUUCUCGUGACAUACAAGAGUCCAUUCUUGCAAACAGAAUGACACUGGUGUUCGAUAUGAAGCUGCAUCGUCUAGAUAGAGUUGCUCGUUGCAUUGGUUCGCCUAUCUUGUCAACGGAGCUUGCAUUGGGUCAAAAGCUUAGGCAAUGCGAGUCCUUUCAUAUUGAAAGAUUCGUAGAAGAGCAUGAUGUUAGCAAUGAUGGUGGAAAGAGACCGAGUAAAACUUUGAUGUUCCUAGAGGGCUGCCCUUCUCGGCUUGGAUGUACAAUCGUGUUGAUGGGAGCAAGCAGUGAUGAACUGAAAAGGAUUAAAUGUGUCAUUAGGUGUGCAGUUGUCAUGGCAUAUCAUUUUAUGCUCGAGACUUCCUUUCUUCUCGACCAGACCUCAAUGUUCUCCACGAUUUCUCCCUGUGAAGUGGUGGACCUGGCACUCAACAGCAAGAGAUCAACUUUGAUUGGCUCUGAUGAGACAAACAUGUGCGGUCCGAAGGAAUCUGAUGCACGACUAAACACACCAUCCACACUUGCCAUUCCCAUUUCCAAUGGUUUCCAUCAAAACGACCCAGAAAACCUGAUGUCGUCCUCAGAAACAGUUUCAGGAUUAUCUCUUUCAACAUCAGUCGAAAAAGUUAUGAACAAUAGUUUUCCUUUUUUCACCGUCUCUUCUGAGAGAAUUGUGAGCCCAUUUGGUUUUAAUGGAAGAAAUUGGGAUGGUCAGACUGCAGCUAAAAUUGAUGACAUGCAAAAAGAUGGAUAUAUGGAGGAUAAUUCGUCCGAAUUUUUGGAUACGUGGAAUCAUAGUGACAAUGCUGAAGAUCACUUGCCUAGCAAGGAUGGCAUCUGUGCAGCGCUUGACUCCGAGAGCAUAUUAGUUCUGUUGUCCAGCCGCAAUGCUUCAAGAGGGACUAUCUGCGAGAAGAGUCAUUUCUCUCAUAUCAAGUUCUACCGGAGUUUUGAUGUUCCUCUCGGAAAGUUUCUGCGUGAUAAUCUGCUCAAUCAGGGACUUCAGUGCAAGACUUGUGGAGAAACCCCCGAUGUGCACUCUUUCUUCUAUGCGCAUCACGACAAGCAACUCACUAUCCAAGUUAGACAUCUUCCCGCUGGGAAGAGUUUGCCCGGAGAAACUGAGGGAAAGCUUUGGAUGUGGAGUCGUUGCAGUCUCUGUCAAGAUGGAAGCUCAAAAUCUACGAAGAGGGUGUUGAUAUCCACUGCUGCCCAUGGUUUAUCGUUUGGAAAGUUUUUGCAGCUCAGUUUUUCAGAUGUCUCUUCAUUCAAUUGUUCGUCCAGAUGUGGCCAUUCUUUCCAUAAGGAUUUCUUGUACUUCUUUGGACUAGGCCCCAUGGUUGCUGUGUUCAAGUAUUCAUCAGUUGCGACUUGCUCAGUGUCACUGCCGCCUCAGAAGAUGGAAUUCAGCGCCUCGGUCAGAAGGGAGCUUCUUAAGAAGGAUUCUGAUGAUGUGUAUCUGCAAGGGAUUUCAAUGUUCAUUGAUAUUGAAAAGUCGCUUAAGGAAAUAGAAACUCGAUAUAUUGGUGUAACUCUCAACAUUCUGGGCUCAAGCAUGGAGUUUUCCGAUAUUAUUCUCAUGCUGAAGCAGGAAAAGUCUCAAUUUGAGGUCGAAACUCAAUGUGCUACUCAAGUUGAGAGUGAAGUUGAUGCCGCGUCUAGGCUCCUAAGCUUGAACACGAUCCGGUUGGAACUUCUUCUUAAAUCAUGCAUAUGGGAUCGAAGGCUACAUGCUUUGCUUUCAUCGGACAUCAAGGUGAUCGGUUCUAACUCUAUCGCCUCAGUAUUCGUUGAAGCUAAUGAAUGUCCAGUUACAGAGAUUCGUAUAAACGGACAAGUUGAAGGAUCCACGGGUGUGUGGAACGAAAAUGGAUCAACCAUUGAUGGAUUAUCUAAUUCACAUCACGAUCUAGAAGAAAAUCCCCAUUGUUCGUUGUCACUGGACCUAGAAAACGACAAAGGUUGGAUCUGGGCCCCAUUUGCUGACAUUCGACGCGAAUACAUGGAGGAUCUGCAGAGAGGUUACUUGCCAAAGAUUGAAUCUUUCAGCAGUUAUGCUGCAGAAUCCGUCGCUCAGAAACUGAUAAAUGAUGAGGGCUCCAGGCUGCACAUUCCUCUUGGUGCCAACGGCUAUAUAGUUUCCGACUAUGAGGAUGAAUUUUCGAGCAUAAUAGCUUGCGCUCUGACCUUAUUGAAGGAUUUUGAGGUAGCAGCAGACGAUCUAUCCGAGAAUGCUCAGAGAGAAAGAGUAAAUGACUCUAAACCGCACGAGAGCUCUCAGAGGCUGACGAGAGUGUUUUCUCUAACCACUUCUCGUUGGCCUUCGUUUGGUUCGUCAGAUUCCGAUGGUGUACACUCUCCAACUACCAACUUAGAAGAUUCACACACAUCAAGUUUUGACGGUCUGGAUUUGCUAGACUCGACGGUUUCCUAUAGUGCUAGCCACCCAGAAGUGUCUAUGGGUUUGGGGAGGAAGCGCAAGUACUCCGUCAUUUGCCUAUUCGCGAGCCCGUUCCGUCAGCUGCGAGACCGGUGUUGUCCUUCUGAAGUCGAUUUUAUCGCUUCUCUAAGCCGCUGUAGGAAUUGGGACGCGAAAGGCGGGAAGAGUAAGUCUUUGUUUGCUAAGACGCUAGACGAUCGUCUCAUCAUCAAGGAGAUCAAGAGGACGGAGCUCGAUUCGUUCAUGACAUUUGCCACAAACUACUUCGAGUACAUGAAUGAGUGCUACGAGCUCGGAAACCAGACAUGUCUUGCUAAAAUCCUCGGAAUAUACCAGGUUACAAUACGAUCGCCAAAAAACGGGAAGGAGACGAGGCACGAUCUUCUAGUAAUGGAGAAUCUCUCGUUUGGUUGGCAUAUAUCGAGACAGUACGAUCUCAAAGGAGCUCUGCAUGCCCGACUCAACACGGACGAGGCGGGCGAGGUUCUUCUAGAUCAAAACUUUGUCAAUGACAUGAGCGUUUCGCCUCUCUACGUUUGCAGGAAAUCCAAACGGAAUCUACAGCGUGCGGUAUACAAUGACACCAACUUCCUCAACACGAUCAACGUGAUGGACUACUCGCUGCUUGUGGGGGUGGAUUCCCAACGUCGUGAGCUGGUAUGUGGCAUCAUCGACUAUCUCAGGCAGUACACGUGGGACAAGCAGCUCGAGAACUGGGUGAAAUCCUCACUCGUCGUCCCCAAGAACCAGCUCCCAACAAUCAUCUCCCCCAUCGAGUACAAGAAGAGGUUUCGAAAGUUCAUAAGCACCCAUUUUCUAACCGUUCCGGACCAUUGGUGCUCCCACAGAUCAUCCGACCCUUGCAAAGUCUGUGGCACGGCCUCGGACAAUGGCCUGCAGCAGAAGAAACGGGGGAGUCGGGAUGACAGCUCGUGCCAGAUGUUGUCUCAAAAGCAAGGCAAACGCGAGCCAUGUACUCUAAAGUUGGAGUCCUUUGCCUGAUUUUUCUAGUUGUUCGUCGCCGUUUUGAAGUCUACUAUCUAUAGAAGGAGGUUCAAAUGCGAGCACCCUUAUUUAAAUUGAGAAUGCGUGAACCAUUUUCAGCCUUUCGAAUAUGAAGAUCUACGACAAGUACAUCUCCUUCGUGCGUGCAGUGUAGUGUUCUCACAGAAAAAUGUAGUUCUCACGAGAACAAACCCUUCUGUUUAUAUGUUGAAUCCGGCCCACGUUGUACAUAGUCGAUCCCCUUCUGGCCUGCAUUUAUUUCUGCAGUUAGUUUUGGGGCGUUUUGGUGUUUUUACACGUCUUUACAUAUAUUUUUCUUUUUGUAUGUAUAUCAUUUUGAACAACUGUAAAAAUGGAAUGGAAUUGGCAAAAGUCCUUUGUUC